UUAUUCCUUUUUACUUCUCCACUCUAGCGGGUAGUAGUCUCCGGCUCUCUCUCUCUCUCUCUCUCUCUCGUCAAAGCUCCAAGUUGUUAAUCUUACCCCGACGUCGUAUCGGCCAUGUCUUACGACUACCUCUUCAAGUACAUCAUCAUCGGCGACACAGGUGUAGGGAAAUCAUGCCUGCUCUUGCAAUUCACGGACAAGAGGUUUCAGCCCGUGCAUGAUCUCACCAUUGGUGUAGAGUUCGGAGCUCGCAUGGUCACCAUCGACGGCCGUCCCAUCAAGCUCCAGAUUUGGGACACCGCUGGCCAAGAAUCUUUCCGGUCCAUCACCAGAUCUUACUACAGAGGAGCAGCUGGAGCACUUCUGGUAUAUGACAUAACCAGGAGAGAGACAUUUAAUCAUCUAGCAAGCUGGCUAGAGGAUGCUCGGCAGCAUGCAAAUCCCAACAUGACAAUCAUGCUCAUUGGGAACAAGAGCGAUCUUUCUCAUCGGAGGGCUGUUAGCAAAGAGGAAGGGGAACAAUUUGCGAAGGAAAAUGGGCUUUUAUUCUUGGAGGCAUCUGCUAGAACAGCUCAAAAUGUUGAAGAGGCUUUCAUAAAGACUGCUGCAAAAAUCCUUCAGAAUAUUCAGGAAGGUGUAUUCGAUGUAUCCAAUGAGUCAUCUGGCAUCAAGGUUGGGUAUGGCCGCCCCCAAGGUCCAUCAGGGGCAAGAGAUGGAACAAUCACUCAGACGGGCGGAUGUUGCAGCUAACCAGUCACUCAUACAGGUAGAUGUUGCGGCUAACUGAACCGGAAUCCAGCUCCUGUACUUGAUCCCGCUGUGCAAUUAAUUUGUUAUUUACUUUCAUCCCUAUAAACACACUCCUUCAACUAGCAUGUGACUUGGGGAUAAUACUAAGAUGUAUAGAAUUGAUUUCGACUGUUCAUGGGACAAA